GAAGAGGCAGGAGCGGCGCUGGCAUCGACAAAAUCAUGGCUGGGAUUUUCUAUUUCAUCCUCUUUUCGUUUCUGUUUGGGAUUUGCAAUGGUGUCACCGGUUCUAGGAUAUAUCCCGCCAACGAAGUUACCUUAUUGGAUUCCAGAUCGGUUCAGGGAGAGCUUGGGUGGAUAGCCAGCCCUUUGGAAGGAGGGUGGGAAGAAGUGAGCAUUAUGGAUGAGAAAAACACUCCGAUCCGUACUUACCAAGUCUGCAAUGUGAUGGAGUCCAGCCAAAACAACUGGUUACGAACUGAUUGGAUUCCCCGGGAAGGGGCUCAGAGGGUAUAUAUUGAGAUUAAAUUCACACUGAGGGACUGCAAUAGUCUACCAGGAGUUAUGGGAACUUGCAAAGAGACUUUUAACUUAUACUACUACGAAUCCAACAAUGACAAAGAGCGCUUCAUCAGAGAAAGCCAGUUUGCCAAGAUUGACACCAUUGCUGCUGAUGAGAGCUUCACCCAAGUGGACAUUGGUGAUAGAAUCAUGAAGUUGAACACUGAGAUAAGAGAUGUGGGACCAUUGAGCAAGAAAGGGUUCUACUUGGCUUUUCAGGAUGUCGGAGCUUGCAUUGCCCUAGUAUCUGUUCGAGUUUUCUAUAAGAAGUGUCCAUUGACAGUUCGCAAUCUGGCUCAAUUUCCAGACACCAUCACUGGGGCUGAUACGUCCUCGCUAGUGGAAGUUCGAGGCUCCUGUGUCAACAACUCAGAAGAGAAGGAUGUGCCAAAAAUGUAUUGUGGGGCAGAUGGUGAAUGGCUGGUACCCAUUGGCAACUGUCUAUGCAAUGCUGGGCAUGAAGAAAGAAAUGGAGAAUGCCAAGCCUGCAAGAUUGGCUACUACAAGGCCCUUUCCACCGAUACCGCCUGUGCCAAAUGCCCUCCCCACAGCUACUCGGUCUGGGAGGGAGCCACCACCUGCACCUGUGACCGAGGCUACUUUCGAGCAGAGGACGAUGCAGCUUCCAUGCCCUGCACUCGCCCGCCAUCUGCUCCUCUCAACCUGAUUUCUAAUGUCAAUGAAACAUCCGUGAAUCUGGAGUGGAGCAGUCCUGAGAACACGGGAGGCCGUCAGGACAUUUCCUACAACGUGGUGUGUAAGAAGUGCGGUGCUGGGGAUGCCAGCCGGUGUCGAUCCUGCGGCAGUGGAGUCCACUAUACACCCCAACAGAAUGGCCUCAAGAGCACCAAAGUCUCCAUUACAGACCUCCUGGCACAUACUAACUAUACUUUCGAAAUCUGGGCUGUGAAUGGGGUGUCCAGGUAUAGCCCGACUCAGGACCAGUCAGUUUCAGUUACUGUGACGACGAACCAAGCAGCUCCCUCUUCCAUCGCUUUGAUCCAGGCUAAGGAAAUAACGAGAUACAGUGUUGCCCUGGCUUGGCUGGAACCUGAUCGACCAAAUGGAGUUAUCUUAGAGUAUGAAGUCAAAUAUUAUGAGAAGGAUCAGAAUGAACGCAGUUACAGGAUUGUGCGGACAGCCUCCAGGAACACUGACAUCAAAGGCCUGAAUCCCUUGACUUCCUAUGUAUUCCACGUGAGAGCCCGGACAGCAGCUGGCUAUGGAGACUUCAGUGAGCCCUUUGAGGUCACGACUAACACAGUGCCUUCCAGAAUCAUUGGAGAUGGGACAAACUCCACGGUCCUCCUGGUGUCUGUUUCCGGCAGCGUGGUGCUUGUGGUCAUUCUGAUUGCAGCCUUUGUCAUCAGCAGGAGACGGAGUAAAUACAGUAAGGCAAAGCAGGAAGCAGAUGAAGAGAAACAUUUGAAUCAAGGUGUAAGAACCUAUGUUGACCCUUUUACAUAUGAAGAUCCCAACCAAGCAGUUCGAGAGUUUGCCAAAGAAAUUGAUGCAUCCUGCAUUAAGAUUGAAAAAGUCAUAGGUGUGGGUGAAUUUGGUGAAGUGUGCAGUGGGCGUCUCAAAGUACCUGGGAAGAGAGAGAUCUGUGUGGCUAUUAAGACUCUUAAAGCUGGGUAUACAGACAAGCAGAGGAGGGAUUUCCUGAGUGAGGCCAGCAUCAUGGGACAGUUUGACCACCCAAACAUCAUCCACUUAGAAGGUGUAGUCACCAAAUGUAAACCUGUAAUGAUCAUAACCGAGUACAUGGAGAAUGGCUCCUUGGAUGCAUUCCUUAGGAAGAAUGAUGGAAGAUUUACAGUGAUUCAGUUGGUUGGGAUGCUUCGUGGCAUUGGUUCUGGGAUGAAAUACCUCUCUGAUAUGAGCUAUGUACAUAGAGAUCUAGCUGCCCGGAACAUCUUGGUCAAUAGUAACUUGGUUUGCAAAGUAUCUGACUUUGGCAUGUCUCGUGUUCUUGAAGAUGAUCCUGAAGCAGCUUACACAACCAGAGGUGGCAAGAUUCCCAUCCGGUGGACUGCACCAGAAGCAAUUGCUUAUCGUAAAUUCACAUCUGCGAGUGAUGUGUGGAGCUAUGGAAUUGUGAUGUGGGAAGUGAUGUCUUAUGGAGAGCGGCCCUACUGGGAUAUGUCCAACCAGGAUGUUAUAAAAGCCAUUGAGGAAGGCUACCGGCUACCUCCACCGAUGGACUGCCCUAUUGCUCUCCACCAGUUGAUGCUAGAUUGCUGGCAGAAGGAAAGAAGCGACAGGCCUAAAUUUGGACAGAUUGUCAACAUGUUGGACAAACUCAUCCGCAACCCCAACAGCUUGAAGAGGACGGGUACCGAGAGCUCCAGACCCAACACUGCCUUGUUGGAUCCUAGCUCUCCUGAAUUCUCUGCUGUGGUAUCUGUAGGUGAUUGGCUGCAAGCCAUUAAAAUGGACCGGUAUAAGGACAACUUUACAGCUGCCGGUUACACCACCCUCGAGGCUGUGGUGCACAUGAACCAGGAUGACCUGGCGAGAAUCGGCAUCACAGCUGCCACACACCAGAACAAGAUCCUGAACAGUGUCCAGGCAAUGCGGACCCAAAUGCAACAGAUGCAUGGCAGGAUGGUUCCUGUCUGAGCCAGUACUGAAUAAACUCAAAACUCUUGCAAUUAGUUUACCUCAUCCAUGCACUUUAAUUGAAGACCUGCACUUUUUUUACUUCGUUCUCGCCCUCUGAAAUAAAAAUCUGCAGCAUUGCUUGGUGGAUGGAAUUGCUGAAACUGUGGGCCUCCACUAUAGAAAUGACAACACGUCAUUGAAACCAGACCUGGAACAAAUUGUUUCUCAAAAUAUAUUGCCGUCAAUCCACAGUGUGUAAUAUACAUGUACCUAUAUAAAUAUAACAUCACCUCCAAGUUUUUGGUGUUGUGUUCGUUGCCAGAUGCUGGGCUUCUACCCACAGCCUUUCUCCUCUCCCCUUGGAAUUACAUCCAUAGUAUUUUAUUUGUGGGAUAAAUCACACUCCUGCAUCUUUCACUGGAAUGUAGAAUUUGCUCAGAAAAUCCUCGACAGACUUGAUCUUGGCUUACAGGGCAUCAUAGAUACUGAGGGAAAAUCUCCGUGAAAAAUACCAUGUGGCUGCUCAGUGCCUCGUCAUAGGUGCUUGGCUGGGGCCAGGCUUAAGCUGCCUUGUGGAUUACUGGAAAAGAAAGGAAGAAAGAAAGAAAAACAGGGAAAAAAAACAUAACACACCAAAACCUCUACAAAUGAGGUCUGUUUCUUUUCUGGUUGUUUCUGUGCCAUAUAAUAUCUUAUCCUAUGAACGCUAUGGACUUUUUGUAACUACCUUACUGACAGCUGCCUGUGACAAUCUUGAAUUGGUAACUUCCAUACUUCCCUCGUUUUUUAGAAGCAACCACAAAGCGAAAAGGGAAAGUGGAUUCUUUUUUUUUUUUUUUUUGGCCUCACAGCCCUGUCCAUUGAUCACAUUGACCAUGGGGAAAAGAAAUUCAAGAAGCCAAACUUGAACUUGAAUCCUUCCAAAUUCCACGGGCCUCCUGCUUCCACUACGCCAGUUUGGGAUGGGGCAAAGACACUGGACAAAAAAAAGCAUUGGUCCCUAAAAAAGCAAAAGCAUGUGACUUUCAGAUUUCCUUUUUUUUUUUUUUUACAUUGGAAGAAGACACCAUCACCACGACCAACACCACCACCAAACCUCCUAGGCUCAGCAUCGAUUCUCUCCAGUUGUCACUUUGAGGAAUGUACUGUAUUGAAGCUCUAGCCCUGCAGAGUCCCUGUUUUUCUCCUUAUUAUGAUUUUAUUUAUACAUAUUUCCAUUGCUCUUUCCUGUAUGUCACUGCUGCAUCUGGAUGAUGGCAAGUGACCCAACGCUACAGGUCUUAACAUGGACACCAAGUCAGGUGCCACCACACCGAACAAAGCCAGUUCAUGGGAGCUGCCUAGUAUAUGCAUUGCUGAAGUUACAUUUUACACAAGAUGUGCCAUUGCAGUGAUAUAAAUAUAUUUUUUUUCUAGACUAAA